AUGGAGGACAGUGAUGACAGUGAUGCAAAGCUCAGAGAAGAAAUAGAAGCUGAAUUGGAUAAAAUCAGCAUUUCUUCCUUGGAAAAUGAUGAGGUUGAAAAUGAUUCCGAAUCAGAAACUGAGAGUGACAAUAGUGAUACUGAUUUUGCUGAAUUGCCAGAGUCAGUUCUUCACUAUAUCAGCAUCAUAAAGAACAGGAGUAAAUCCGCUGAAGAACUCAUUCUUCAGGACUUAGAAGACAACACUGAUGUCUUCAGUGAGUACAUGGAUUGUUGCAGCUGUGGCACAGUGUCGAACAGUCCUAUACACUGGAGGACAGGAACACCAGCUGAAGCUAAAGAAAAUUCUGAGCAAUUAGUGAAGAUGUUAGCCACAAUAGAAAAGGAAGAAUUUAUGAGAAAUCUAACUCAUCCUUCCAGGUCUGAGUCUGUUUCUGAACCUGUUGUUUUUGAUACAGCCAUGGAUGAAUAUAUUUUAUCAGAUGAUGCUGAUUUGAAUUUUGGAUACUUUGAAGUAGAAGAAAGAUGUAGAAAGUCUUUUGAGGCUUGGCAGGACAAACAAAAAGAACUAGAAAAAAAAGACAAAGAAAUACUUGAAGCUCAGAGUUAUAUAGAAAAACAGAAAUUUCAAGAAGAUGAUGAAAAGAGACAUUGCUGGAUGAAGCAGUUUGAAGUUGAAAAGAAAAAAUUAGAGAGUCUUCAGAAGCAAGAUCAGGACAAAAUGAAUGAUGAAAUCCAGAAGGAAGAGAAAAUGUGGAAGGAAAAAUACAGACAGCAUCAGGAACUUAUUAGAAACUUAGAUUUACAAAUGGAGGAGGAAAGAACAAUAUUAAGUGAGCUGCAAGAAAAAGAAAAAGCACGUUUGCUAAACUUGAAGCAUAACGCAGCUGUAAAAAUUCAAGCUAAAUACAGAGCAUUAGUAACUUACCGAAAAUAUAGCCCACUCAUAAAAGAGCAAAUAGAAAAUAAGAAAAGGAAAGAGCAGGAGUGGAAAGAGAGGGAAGCAAAGAUCCGACAGAAGGAGGAAGAAAGAAGAAAAAGAAUUAAAGAGGAACAGAGGCUAGAGGAGGAAAGAAAGAAUAAGAUAAUGGAGGAAAAGCGAAGGCGAGAAAGGGAAUAUGAAGAGAAAAAGAGCACCCUGAGACAAGAGAGAGAACAACAGAACAAGAAAAAAGUGCGACCUAGAGAAGAUUGCCGCCAACUUCUAAUCAUUAGCUGUGCUUUAAAGGAGGGAAAAUGUAACGGCAAGCAGCAAGCUAAUGCAAAUAUGUCAAAAAAUAAGAGUGCUGAAGAAUUGGUGGACACAAACUCAGAGCAGAAAGAAGAUGCUUGUCUAGUUCAGCAAUCCAACAAGAGAGAAAAUGUAAAUAAAGGACAUAAACAGCUGACAAUGAAAGAAUCGAUCGGAAUAAAAUUAAAACCAAGACAGACAGUUUUAGCAGAAUUAAAGAUGAAUGAAAAAUACGUAAAUUCACCUAAGUUAAAAGUAGAUGGAAAAAGUGAGAACAUAUCAAAAAAACAACGUUCAGAAAAUGUAGCUAUCCAAGAAAUUAAUUUUACAAAUAUAGACCAGACAAAAGAAUUUAAAAACUCAGACCGAAAGGAAAAUGUGAAUAAAGACUGCCUGGAGCAAGAAGUAAGGUGUCAGACUCAGAAAGAGGAAAGUGGGGAGCAUGCCACCACGGAGAAUGCAGGGCAAGAAACCCAGGUCAUGCCUGGAUUCAAUCCAGAAGCGAGCGAAGAGGACAAUAAUGAAGCACGGGAAAUCAUCAAGGAAAAUCAAGAGAGACUGACUGAAAAGAUAGGAAAAAGAUCGACAAUAGAGCAAGAUGGAUCAUUGCACGAAGAGAAUAGUACUUCAGCUACUGCCAUGCAAAAAGACGCACAGUCACUAAUACUAGAAAAUCCUGAGCAUGUAGAAAGAAAUGUAAUACUAGAAGACGAAGAGACCGACUUAAAAUCAAAAAGAAUUGAGGAAAUGCCAGAAGACAGUGUGCGCAGCUCUGAUGCUGUCUUUAACUCAGAUGCCUCUGCGCACACAGAGGGCAAGACAGACCAGCAGUGCUCUGUCUCAGGCAAAGUCAUGCCCAAUGAAGAAACUGGUAGCCACAGUUCCUUGGUCAGUGAAGAAGAGGAGGACUCUCCUAAGUCUGAAAGUAAAGAAAUUGUGGAACAAUGGAAGCCAAAGAAGGAUGAAAGUGACAGUGCCCUGACCUGCUCUGUGUCACAGAUAACAGUUUUAUCUUUCAUUGAGGAAAGGAGACUAGCUUGGAUAAAAUCAUUUAAACCUUGGCCUGAAAUCUUUGAACAAAAUCAACUCAAGAAAAUCACCAAAAGAAAGAAACUCGUGAAGUGUCCAACAAAUACAAUGCCUCCUUUGGAUUCAUUAGCCAUUCUCCAGCAUGGCCCUUGGAAUACUUUACAGCAGGUUACAGACAUCACGUUUCAGGAUUUGCCUGGCUGUAGUCUCUCUACACUGGCAGACUAUUCAAAUCUUCAGCUGCUGUCUCUUCGACGCUGUGGGUUAACUUCCUUGCACAGCCUGAGCCAAUGCCAAAACCUUAAGUACAUCGAUGUACAGGAAAACCACAUUGAGACUAUCGAUUGUGAAAAUCUGGAAAAUCUCUGUGUUGUUCUUCUUAAUGAAAACCUGCUGACUUCUAUUCAUGGUUUUGAUGGAUGCACUAAUAUACAAUGCCUUGAACUUUCACAUAAUAAGAUCAUGCGAAUCAGUGGUCUAGAAUCUUUGAAACAUCUUCAGCAGCUAACCGUGGACCAUAACCAGUUAAUUAGCACUAAAGGUCUGUGUGAAGUACCCACCAUCGUUCAUCUGGAUUGCUCGCAUAAUCACCUUACUGAGGUUGAUGGCAUCGGAAAUUGUGGAUUGCUGCAAAUAGUAAAGCUGCAGGGAAAUUACCUAAGAGAGCCUCCAUCCUUAAGAAAUCAUGUUCUGCUUAGAGAACUGCACUUGGAUGACAACAGUAUCUCAAGCAUGGAAGAACUUUCUUCCUGUUGGCUGCCUUUACUACAAGAUCUAAGUAUCUCUCAAAACAGUUUAACAACAAUUGUACCACUUUUUCAUUUUGUGUCUUUGGAAAAACUAGACAUCAGGAACAAUUGUAUUUCUGAUAUGACAAAUAUUGUGGGUUGGUUCAGUGCAUGUUACUCUCUCCGUGAGCUUUGUCUCACUGGAAACCCAGUACUCCAAGAAAUAAACUGGAGGGAUUCUAUAAUUACAACAUUACCUGCCCUGAGAGUCCUCAAUGGUGACAUACUAAACACUUACUCUGAGGUCCACAGUGAGGAACACUGUCAUCAAGACCUGAAAUGUUUCUUGGUUCUUUGUCAGUGCCAACUUCAAGAGUUUAACUCAUUAACUGACAAGUAUAUCACACAAAAAGGGGACAGUCUCACUUUGCAUGCUGGGGACAAACUCUCUCACUACUAUGAAAACUUAAUGAAACUCAGUCAUGAAUGCAGACGUGUACAUGAACAUGGGGAUUUGGAAAUCAAGAGGGCUGAACCAGAAACGCAGAAAAAAGAUCCAGCCUUUUCAAACAGCACACUGCAAAAUGAGGUCGUUCAUUAUAAUAAUUGUAAAUUAGAUUCACGAGAUAUUUCUGAGGACCUGGUGGACUCUGGCUAUGGACCCUCCCCAUUAAACAGGGAAGAACUGGAAGGAAGGAGUCUGGAAAAACUUAUGGCGCAGAAGAAUGAACACAGCAGGUUAAGCACUCUUACCACCGGAAGAGCCUCGUUCUUAGAAACGGAAAAUUCCCCAAUGAAUAAUCAACAUGCGGAGCAAAGUAAAGCAAUUAAGGCAGCUGUGCUGAUCCAAGGCCAAUGGCGUCGUUACAUUGCACACAGACAGAUUAAUUGCUCUGUAAAAAUGCAUUCUACCACAACAGAAACCCUGCAUAAUCCCUUCAUCAUCAACCAGACUACUUCAAAUAAAGAAAGAAGAGAAAAUAUUUUGAAUAUUCAAGAACAAAGGGAGAAGGCUGCUCUUCAUAUUCAGGCAGUUUGGAAGGGCUUUAUUUUACGAAAGAAACUGGUGACUGCCCUAGAGGCUGUGAGGAAUGAAGAAUCUGGAGAAGAGUACGAAGAAAUAGAUUUAGAGGACUUUACAUAUAAUGAGGGUAUCUUGGAGAACGAAUGGCCAGCUUUAGAUUCCACUGGGUUCCCUGCACAAACACUGCCUCUCUCCAACCAGCUGCCCUGGCCAAAGACCCCUCAGACUUUGAAACACGGUGAACCUUCACUUACUAUACCAACUCGUCCAGCUCAAGCAUGGCUAAACAAUGAGAAAGAAAACGUGUUUUCACCAGAACACACACAGUUAAGCAGCAGAUCAGAAAACAAAACUUUAUCCUGGACCCCUGAAUCAAAGUCAAGUAAGAAGAGUUUACUACAAUCUGAAAAAGAAGAAAAAAUUUCAGAAGAGUGGGGCUUUAAAGAUAUCUCUACAGCUCAGCAAAUGCUAAAGAGAGCACAGAAAAUGAAAUCAAAAAAAUUAAGGAAAAAAUUAGAACCCUCUGUGCGACUAGCAUUAUUCAAAAAAAACAGAAAUAAAGUUCUGGUUACAAAGUCACCAAAGAAGACACAGCUCGGGAGAGACAGUUACAUUGAAGGUAAGUUACACAUUUCUUUCCAAGAUGAGGAGGAAGAUGCAGUUUCCAAGGCAACCACUGAAAAUGAGAAGUUAGAGAGGAGUAAGGAGUACACAUACCAGUGGCUUCAUACACAAGCUGGCUUUUCUGAAACAACUAGUUCCAGAAACCAAAAAUGCAAUCACUUCUUGCCUGAGUUAGAUCCGGAUGUGCUUAAUGGUGGAAGAGUUCAACUUGUGGCAAGACUUGUAAGCAGAGAAGACACGGAUUUAGACCUUUUUUCCAUGACCAGUGGAAACGCUUUGUCUGUGAACAAAGAAAAAAAAAGCCAGGCACACAGAUAUGCAGCAGGAUCCUCAAGUAAGCUUUGGUUUCCUUCAGAAUUAAUUUAGCAAUCACAAACGAAUUAAUGGAAGCUAA